GUUGUCGAUCAAUCGGCAACGUCGCUUCUAUUCAAGUUCAUUCAUGUCAAGACGUGAUUUGUAAAUUACUCAUUCAAUCAUUCAUUUGAGAGAUUGCUGUUUCUUUAGUCUGGUCAAGUUGUUUUUUGAACCGUACAGAAAGAGUAAACAAAAUGAUAAGUGCGUAAAUAAGCAAUUUAAGUGUUGUCACUGUUUGUGUGUGGAUUAAAGCAGGAAUACGGCGCCUAUUUUUGGAUUUCUAGGUUCUGCAUGCGAUGAAAUGUAAAUUUUAUGGUUUCCUCAAUCUGGUAACAAAUGGUCUAUUUCAAACUAUGGAUAACAAUGCUUGCAACUGUGACGAUCAAGAUCCAGUAGAAGAGCCCACACCGAGCACAUCACAAGCUGCUGCCGCUGCUCCCAAGGAACCUAGCAAGAAGAGUAGACUUAAUUUUUUUAACAUUUGCCGUGACAGACCACUCCCGUUUACGAAACGCGAUAAAAAAUCUCCAUCUACGUCGAAAUCUUCUACAUUUGUGAAAAAAUCUCCGAAGUGGGGUAUCCGGUUUAACACGACGAAAAAAGAGUUCAAAGUUGCUUCUACUCAGGAUAAUCAAAAUUGUUGUCAGUGCACAUGCUACCAUCGCACGGGCUCUAAUGAAAACAAUUCGAUUGUUGGACAGAAUAUGGUAGGAGCUCAGGAAAAUGCUGAUGACAGGGAACGAGAAAAUGCACCUAGUCCAUCCGACUCUCCUGUCAACAUUUUCGAUGGUGGGGUUCCCAGAGAAGAAGAAGCAGCGAUGUGUGCUUCAAGGGUUACGGAGGUGAAUGGUGUAAGAGGGAUAUAUGGUACAGCUCCUGCCACAAGUUCAAUUCCCAAUAUAAUAAUUAGUGCGCCGUUUAUUGAUCAAUGGAUGAGAUCUCAACAUGAAGAUUGCGAAGAGGCAGCACGACUGCAAAGGGCCCGAGAAAUCGAGGAAGGUGUAAUAGCACCUGCAAAUUUCCGUUUAAUUCGAAGAGUCCAAUUAUUGUGUUCAGAUAAUGAAGAGUCUCAAGCACCCAGGAGGUUACAAUUAGUCUGUCCCCCUGAUCUCAGCGUUGAAUCACUCAGAGCAUUAUUCCAAAACCACGUUACUUUAAGAUCCGGUCCAAUAGAUACUAUCACAGGUUGUCACACACAAGUUGAUUUUAUACAUUGCUUAGUGCCCGAUUUGCUUAAAAUUACGAACUGUAGCUUUUAUUGGGGUAAAAUGGAUCGAUACGAAGCCGAACGGUUGUUGGAUGGAAAACCAGAAGGCACUUUCCUCCUACGAGAUUCCGCCCAAGAAGAAUUUUUAUUUAGCGUAUCUUUUAGAAGGUACGGUAGGUCCUUACAUGCCAGAAUCGAGCAGUGGAAUCACAAGUUCAGCUUCGAUUCACACGACCCGGGCGUAUAUACCUCCAAAACAGUGUAUGGCCUAAUCGAACACUACAAAGAUCCUACUAGUUGUAUGUUUUUCGAACCUCUAUUGACUUUUCCAUUACACAGGAAAUUCACCUUUUCUUUACAGCAUCUAGCACGGGCCGUUAUAGUAUCGUCGAAACUGACAUACGACGAUAUUAAUCACCUUCAACUGCCGAAGAGCCUUAAAACUUACCUAAAAGAGUAUCAUUACAGACAGAAGGUGAGAGUAGAAAGAUUCGAUGAUGAUAUGCAAUGGUUAGAUUUAAGAGAUGUGCCUUCUUGAUUUAAAUUAAGAAUGCAUAAGUUUCGGACAUUAUUGUCUGGAAGUUAUUACUGAACUACUUAAUUCAAUUCGUUAUAUCGUUUCGUCACACAGUGUGUAGUGAUAACAUAUUAUUUCGGCUACAUUUUAUAUAUUUCUAUCGAUAUUUUUGGCACAUAUUUAUAGACAAAUUGCAAGAAAAAUGCGAUUUAAGACAAUUGAGCCCGUCAGAAUCAAAACCUGCUAAAUUCUAAAUUUUUGGUUCUGCUAAAUCCAAACUAAAAGUACACAUUUCUGAAGAUGUAAGGGGCAUGCAGAAAAAUGACAAAUUACUGUCAUUUUAUGAUUUAUUGAUGCCCCCUUGAUUAAGAAAUGCCGGAUACGUUUUGGAAAAUUUACAUUUUUAACGUUUUUUUAGCCCCCUGACAAAAUUUUAAAGCAUAUAUCUAGCAAGUUUUGAUUCUAUAUCGCUUCUCAUUUGUUUCGGGCACUUGUCAUGUGUCACUUGAAUAUAUUAGACACAUGACAAGUGCCCGAAACAAAUGAGAAGCGAUGAAAAGCCCUAUUAGCAGUGAGUUAAAUAUUCCGUUGAACUUUUGAGUGAGUUCAAUAUUUAGUUAAAAAAAAAACAUACAGUGCUAUGGUCCCUAAGGUCCCGACCAAAAUUUUUCAUUGUUUUAAAAGAUAUACUUAACCUAAAAAAAUUAGGUUUAAAAAUCUUCCCGGAAUUUUUCAGAAUAAUUCCUUUUUUGAGAACGAUUUCGAAACGUCAGAAAAUAUGUUGAUUAAAACUGUAAUUUUUUGAGGGAUUUUUAAUUGAGCCCAAUAAUUGUGGCUCAAUCCCAUAUAAAGACCAUACUUCAAUUAGGCAUGCCACAAGAAAACAGUUUCAGAGAAACUUUAAAAAGGGUAAAUCCUGUAGUUGGCUGUAUACCUUCGAUAGAACAACGUGGAAUGAAGUAAACACUUCUGUUGUAUAUAGGUAUAUGAAUUUAUUAAAAUUUUUAAAAUUUAUCCACAAGGGAGUGGAAGUACAAAACGUUUUCGGUCAAACUGACCAUCAUCAGUGUAAACGUCCAGUGUACAAUAAUUGUAACUAGCCACUUCAAUAGGUGUAAAAACCUCUAAAUAACAUUAUUGCUACAUUACAUGCUAUAUAAUAGUCGACUUUAAGUCGAUGUCUUAAGAUUAUGAAUAUCACAUGUGGAUGUAUGUCAACCUUGCUCGGAAAUUGACCAACCCAAGAGUUCUGAUCACAACAACCUUGUGCAAUUUCCGAGCAAGGAUGACAUACAUCCACAUGUGAUAUUCAUAAUCUUAAGACAUCGACUUAAUGUCGACUAUUAUAUAGCAUAUAAUGUAGCAAUAAUGUUAUUUAGAGGUUUUUACACCUAUUGAAGUGGCUAGUUACAAUUACUUGUACACUGGACGUUUACACUGAUGAUGGUCAGUUUGACCGAAAACGUUUUGUACUUCCACUCCCUUGUGGAUAAAUUUUAAGAAUUUUAAUAAAUGCAUAUAGCUAUAUACAACAGAAGUAUUUACUUCAUUCCACGUUGUUAGUUUCAGAGACUUACCAAAUAUCUUGAUUCAACCGAUAUUGAUUCCUUAAUAAUGUCUUAUUAAGUUUCUGACAUAAUAUAUUUUUUAUUAUUUUGCAUUUUUUUGCUUUCCGAGUUAUUUUGAGCUGGUCUUUUCCUUGUUCUACCCCCAGCCAGCAGAUCACGUGCAUCAUUUUGUAAUAUUAAAAACUAUCAGGGACUAUCCUAGCUUUUUUGAAAUAUUAAUUUUUUUUUUGAAAAAUAUGAGUUGAAAGGGAAGAGUACCAUUCAACCAUUAUUUGAUAAUCAACAUUUUUCUUGCAAAAAUUUGUUAUAUAUUUGUAAAAUUUAUUGGCAUAAAUAUAUAAAGCAGUGUGAAUACAUAUCACGAGUUCUGUUUCGAUAAAGUCACCAUAUGUGUUGAAAAACAUGGCACAUAUCUGUAGGAAAUUUAUAAUUGGACUUAAAAACAGUUAAUAAAAUUAUACAUUUAACAUACAAAUGGAAAUAUUUGAUAAUCAGCCUAGGAUCAUCAAUCUAUGUUUUGUCGUAUGUUGCCGUUGAUUUAGAAUAUGUUUGUUACUGAUGAUAAUGACUUUUUUAAAAGCUAUUUACUUAAAAUGUGUAUUUAUUUAUUAAAAUAAACAUGAAAUGAAGUAAAUUAUACAGAAAGGACAAAAUAUCAUUUUUUAUUGAGUACAACUUAGAAAAAAAUCGGAGUAUGCAUUAAAUAGUAGAAACGAAUCAUUUCAAAUGGGAAAUAACCGCGAUUUCAGUUGAAAAUAUGUUUAUUUUGGCGUUUCGAUUUCCACUUUGGACGGAUUUUCGUCAAACGUCAAAAUAAAUGUAUUUUCAACUGACAUUGUGGUUCAUUCACAUUUAAGAUAGUAAAUAAACAUAGCAAUUCCACAAGAUAAUAGCUUCAGAAGCAUAGUAGUGAUAAAAAAUUGCAUUCCUCUUCCACCUCCCACGCAAGUGCUAUUUCGUCCUAUUUUCUUGCACAUAAUUUUCCUCAGUAAACAUUGAUGUGUCGUAUAUACCUGUUCCGAUGGUGGGUGUUAACGGAAUCAAUUAAAAAUAAGUGUAAACAACGAACAGUAAUAUUUAUUUUAUUUUUGGUUAAAAUGCGUGCUUAUUCAUCUCGUAAGAGGGUUGUUUAUUGUUGUGGGGCAGCGAGGGUGCGUCUGAAUUGCCUGCCUGCUGUGACGAUACUGCAGAGACCACAACACGAUCAUCAUGUUUGCGGUUUUACAAUAUGGUUUUAAGAAACGUCUUCGAAUGCAUUUCCAAAGUGCGUUGACAUAAGGUCUGAUAAGGUAAUUAAUUUAUGGGGAAUUCAGUUUGUUAAACUGAACACACCAAAAACAUAUGGUUAGGGAUACAUUUCGUUUCGUAAAACUUCUUAGCAUCUGGUUUGUAUAUUAAAUGUGAAUUUUAUAUGACCGUUUUGAGAAGUUAUUAAAAAAUAAAAUUAGCAAAAAUAGUCAUUAAAGCGUGUCGCCACAUACCUAAUUCAAGUCUGUCCAAUUUUAAGCUUGACCGAACUUUUAAGAGUGGGGCAUGUAUUGUCUUUUCCAAAAGCCUUUUUGCAAUCAAUAACAGUGAUAAUCAACUUUGUAUACAACAAAAUUUUCCUUGUUCGGUUGUUUGUUUCUGAAGUAAAUCUGAAUAAAACUGAACAAUUUUUAAGUAUAUCUGGUUUAAGUAGAAUACUUACCAAGCUUAAAGCUAUAUAUCUUAUUAAUAUUUAUGUAUUUUUAAUCGUAUAAACUAAGAAAUUUCUUCAUCCAUCUUUUAUAUUUAUCUUCAUUUUAUUUAUCUUCGUCUAUACAUCCUUCAGCUUCAUGCUUAUCAUCAUUAUUCAAUUAAAACAUUAGUAAUUAACCUUUCUGUAUAUUUUACUCUAUCAUCCAAUUAGGCCCUUCCGUAGAACUUUAUUUGUUCUUUAGUUGGGCCUUCCUGUAUAUGUUAUGUACAGCACCAAUUGUAAUUGUAUGUACCAUGUUUCUUGAUGUUAGUGUUCGCUAAAAUGAGGUGCUGGUCAUCUCGGAUACGUAACUAAAUGUAUACUCGACACCUAAAUAAAUUCUUUGAGUAGUCGUAAGGUAACUGGCCAGUUUCGCAGCAGGGUGAGAGGACAUUGUUUUAGAUGCCUUAUCAGCUAGAUAGCUGGAAAUACAGGGUGCGUUUCCCCAAUACGAAUAUGUGCUAAUAUUAUUUGUUGUAACAUUGUGUAGAGGUUAUUUUAUGAUUUUCUAUAAAAAAUUUGCAUGUUGUCAAUGAGGUUUGAUUAAAUUAUACAAUCAGGUGUUUACGAUAGGUAUACGGAACUCAAUGUAUUAGAGAAGGUAAAGAAUAAGUAAAAGUAUGUAAAAAUUGGGUGUAGGAGUGGGUACUUUGACGUUGCAUUAUUUUAGCUCUAAAAUCCAUACUUCUCAUAUUAUUAAAUUGUUACUUUUAAACCAUCAUUAAGGUGCGCUUACAUGGGCAACAAAAAUUGCUCAAUUAUGAGCAGUAAUGGUCGAUGGCGAUGUGACAAAAUAUCAAGCAUGUUAGGGCAGCAGCAACAAGUAUCGGUUCAGAAAAAGGUUUAGCAACAACAAUAUUGAGCGAUAAAGGGAAACUCAAAGAAACUAGACAAUACUUUCAUACAUGAAAGCAAUACUUAUAAGCAAUUCAGUUGAAAAACUGCACCCAUCAUGGACGACAUUCUUGCAGCGGCUGCUUGUAGUGCUUGAGUCAAAAGCAAAAAAGAAAGAAAGGAAAUAGGCGUAUAUGGGAGCGAAAGUUUUUAGCAAGACAAAAGCAAACUUCAUUGUAUUGUGAAUUAGGUGAUAUUUUAUUCAAAAACGUAACUAGAAUGUUCCGAAGUGAUUUUGAAUUUAUUUUGAAUAAAGCUAGCCCAUUAACUACGAAAAAAAACGACCAAUAUGAGAGAACCAAUUACUGCAUCAACAAAGCUGUAAUUUACCCUUCGAUUCAUCUUUUUUUUUUCAGAAGACGAUCUUAAAAAUGGGAACUUUGGUUCUCGCACAAACAAGGAUGCAAGUGAAUUACGUCAAUAAAGUGAACAAUCUUUUCAUUAUUCCACGAAAAAAACGACGCCGUUUUAAUUCAACCAGCAGCAGGUGCAGCUACAAUUCACAACAAAUUAAUAAAGACAGAUGACACACGCCUCGCCGCGGUAUUUCCGGUCGUCCUUUAUAGAAGAUAUAAACAAAUUGACUUGAAUUUCUAUACCCACUAGAUAUUCGGCAAUUCGUAUCAGCGACAUUAAGCAAUAUGGAAUAUAUGGAACAAUUGGAAGCAAUAUUGCCGAAACGAUUGCCGCAUUUUUUUUUUAAAUUGCUCCAUAUCUCUCCACUAAUUACUGCAGAUUGAUCCAUUCGUGUUAUCGAGCAAUUAUUGCUCAAAAAAAUUGCCCGUAUGAGCGUACCGUUAGUAAAGGCGGGUUGACAUUACUAGUGAAUAACGAACGUGGCUCACGCUUACGUAUUUUGCCUGUGCUAUUGUUAGAUAUUUUAUUAUCUAUUUUCAAACUUAAGCAGUAUAUUUGUAUCUAUGCAUUGCAUAAAUACAAAUGUACUGCUCGAGUUUAAAAAUAGAUAAUAAAGUAUCUAACAAUAGCACGGGCAAAAUAAGUACGCGUGAGCCACGUUCGUUAUUCACUAGAAUGUCAACCCGCCUUAAUUCAUGUUUGUGUUUUUAACGGUUCUUUUCUCUAUUUCUGAUAAAUUGACUUCUCUAUACCGAAGGCAAAAAACAGGUUUUAUAUCUCCAUAACAAAUUCCUUAUUAUAACUAUAUUUAACACAAAUCCCCAAAUGUGAUUGUUUUUUGUUUAUAGUUGGAAUUCGUUUGUGGAUAAUUUAUUAGUUGACCUUCGAGCGGGCGCGCCGUCGUAAAUUUUACGACAAAAAUGAUUGGACCACGCUCAUAUCACACGGUCUAGCGAGUCAAGUUUCUAGGUUUGUGAGAUUCUGUAUGUAUCCAAAACCAACAACGUAUCGGGUGUACGCACGCGUGUUUGAUAUUGACAAAAUUUGCAUCUCGAAAAAUUUUCGACACGUGCCGUUUCAUACAAGUAUAAAUAUGAAUUUUUUGCAUGUAGCUUUAUUUUCUCAUUUCUUAUAUUGUUUCUGUAGAACUAAAAGUACAUUAAAUGUACUCGGAGGUAAACUACACUAUGUCAUUUCGAGCAACUGUGUUUAGCGUAUGUUUGCAACAAAGUUUAGAACACUUGGGAUGUUAAUAAAAAUCUGAUAUAAAAUUGGUUGAAAGACAAUAUAACCAUAUUUUAAUGAUAAUAUAUAACUGAUUUGUAUAAUCCAACUAAUAAAAUAAGUGGAUUAAAGAAACUCGUUCAAAACAACACCAUGUCAACAUAGUGUAGUUAGCCUCCGAGGCCCAGAUUUUUGUUCCAAACUUAUCGUAUUAUGGCUCGUAGACCGCUUACGUAAAGUUAGAUCCUUUUAAAAUAUUGUUGUUUGUUUUUUUUUCUAAACAAAAAUUAAAAAAAAAGUUUAAAAUAUCGUAAAACAUAAAUUUUUAUAUCCUUUUUAACAAUUUCUCAACAUUUAUUAAAAAAAAACAGUAUUUACAAACUGUCGUAAAAUUUACGUCACGCGCCCGCCCAUGUUAUAUUACAGGGUGCGCUCGCUCGAAGGUUAAACCCAUGAAACAAACGCCAAACCUGCUGAACCUACAUAACACAAAUACACGUUCCACCCAUUUUCAAUGUGAAAGAUACCAAAAUGCACUUCCUAUGCUCAGCAGGUUGGGUCAUUGUUCUUCAUAACUAUUCUAUUGUGUUUUGCAAACACUAUCUGUUUAUAGUAUUAUAGCAAAUAUAAUAAAAUAUAUAAGAUCUAGAUUUUGUCGUCAAUAAAUCGGCAAAAUUUAAAAAUCGGAUUCAAAAUUCGGUCUGUUUACUUAUUGGUUUAUGUCGUAUUAUUUUUGUGAUUCAUGUUUUGAUGGUGUAUUAUUUUGUUCUAUAAAAUAGUAGGUACUUUUUACGACAACUGAAAAAUCAGAAUAUUUGUGUAAACAUCAUGUAAUUUUAUGUACCCUAAUCAUCUCUUUUGUAAUUUGCUUUACCAAAAUAUUUGAUCAAUUAUUCGCUUUUCAGGCUAUACGUCCAUAUUUUGUAUUUGAUAUAUUUACUAAUUUUAUUUAAGUUCAAAAGAAUAUACCGUCAAUUAUAAAAAGAAAAUAAAAGGAAUAUGAAGCGAACGUAUUUUCUUGAAAAUGAAGGAUUUACAAAGUUAUAUGUUUUUAGUUCGGUUUAAAAUAAAUCAAUUCAAUAUUUCACUGUACUUACUGAUUAUCGUAAAGCGAUCAAAAGGGUCAAGUGGACACACUUAUUGCGAAUACUAAAAGAAGUAGGCGUACCACAACACCUUAUUUUGCUUAUAACUGAACUAUACAAACACACUACUAAAUCAGUUAAAGUGCUUUACACACUUUCAAACGAAUCUCAUCCAGAACGAGGUGUCAGACAAUGAUAUAUAUGUGUCUCCACAAAUCAAUCGUUUGUUCUUAGCUAUCUUUAAAAUUAAUCUGACUUCUCUAUCUGCCUUUAAAAUCAGUCAUACGACCCUAGUUACUUUUAGAAGCAGAUUCAAGAUCGUCCAUUUGCUGGCAGAUAUUUUUAAAAUGAGCGCUAUGCACUUUUUAACACAAGUCAUUUGUUCUUUGAUGUCUUCAAAAUCAGCAAUUCUAACUUUAAAAUCAAUCUAUUUUUAAAAUCAGUCAUCUGUCGCUAUUUAUUAUCAGAGGACAUAUCUUUUAGUCAGCUUUAAGAUCAGUCAGUUAUUAUUAGAUACUUUCAAAAUCAGCCUGUGUUCUCAGUUAGCUUUAAAAACAGUAAUUCACAUCAUCAGGUCUUUUUCACGUCAGCAGGUCAUCAGUCAUCUUUAAAACCACUGUUUCUUAGUCGGUCAUACUUUUAAAAUCGGUCGUAUGUUCUCAGUUAAGUUUGAAAUCAUUUAUCUGUUCUUAGAUACUUUUAAGUCUGACAUCUCCAGCUAGUUUUGAAAUUAUGUCCAUAUCUAUUUUUAAUAUAUCUAGUCAAUAUAUCAUCUCGACCCAUUCGCUGUCUAUAGAAGAGGAUGGAACUCGGCUAGGAGCCAUUCUGUUGAACGGCAUCUGACUGAAGUAACCAUAUCACUCGCUGGAGCGUAAACGGCACCUGACUGAAGUAACCAAAUCACGCGCUGGUGCGUGAUCGGCAGCGAACGGGUUAAGAUAAUUUUAAAACCAGUGAGGUUAAAGGGUCUGCAUAUUCUACUUAAAAAAUACCAGAAUUGUUUUGGAUUAACAUGAAACUAUCCGUUUUUGAUAAGAAUGGAUUUGAGACGGUUUAUUUUUAAUUUUGGCAUGUUUUAUUAAUUUUGUUUUUUAAAAGGUUUAUAUCUUUAUAGCGAACGGGUUAAGAUAAUUUUAAAACCAGUGAGGUUAAAGGGUCAGCAUAUUCUACUUAAAACAUACCAGAAUUGCUUCGGAUUAACAUGAAACUAUCCGUCUUUGAUAAGAAUGGAUUUGAGACGGUUUAUUUUUAAUUUUAGCAUCUUCUAUUAAUUUUGUUUUUUAAAAAGUUUAUAUUUUUAUUUUAAAUAAUCCUGUAACGGUUUUGUAUGCGUAGCUUAUUUUUUUUAAACGUUUAUUCAGUAAUCUGUUAGUUAUAAAAAAAUUCUAACAAUAAGCGUCUUUGGGGUUUGAAGUAAAAAAAAUUGACUUUGGAGAGGUCAGUCCAAUGACUGGACCUCUAGUAUGGAACAAACAUGACAUUCCGAUAAUAUGCUACAUACAAACAUACAUUUCGCAUUUAUAAACAAUACAUAUAUAUCUAAAGUAUAAACACAAUUACGGUGAGUUAUAAAACUUAUUUACAGUGCUAGUCAAAAGUCCGUACCCCCCCUCAUAUCUUUUGAACGAUUAUACCUAUAAAAGUGAAAUUUGGAGGUAGGAAAUAAACGGACGUAAGCUUCUUAACUAGUCAUGACAGGUGACGUAAUAGUGACAGAUGACGUUACAGAGCCACUGUGACCGAUAAUUUUAAAUGGGACCUUAUGGCAAGUGACACCUCCUUUGAAUGGUAUUCAAAAUAUCUAUUCAGUCAUACUAAUUUUAUUUGAGUUUAAGCUAAUUUUGAUGAAUAAAUGAAAUAAAUAUAAAAUUGUAUUUUCGCAUUUAAUUAACAAAAAUUCAAAAUUCCGCAUAUAAUUACUUUUCAAAAAGCUUGACGUUAACGUAAAAACUACUAGAGAAUUGAAAAACAUCAACCUUUUUGACAAAAAAAACCAUAGGCAGACAUUUGAAUUUUUAUUAAUUAAAUGCGAAACUAAAAUAUUAUAUUCACUUAAUUUAUUCACCAAAAUCAAAAUCAACUAAAUCCCAAAAAAAUUAGUAUGACUGAAUAGGUAUUUUGAAUGCCUUUCAAACGAGGUAUCACUUGCCAUAAGGUCCCAUUUAAAAUUAUCGGUCACAGUGGCUCUGUAACGUCAUCUGUCACUAUUACGUCACCUGUCAUGACUAGUUAAGAAGCUCACGUCCGUUUAUUUCCUCCCUCCAAAUUUCCUUAUUAUAGGUAUAACCGUUCGAAAGAUACGAGGGGGGGUACGGACUUUUGACUAGCACUGUAUAAAUAAGGUCCAGUGGAUUUUUAAGCUUUAGUCUGUGAGUUUGUUGACUAUUAUCAAGCAAGUUUAUUGCCAGGGCAUUUGCAUGGCUUUCUAGGCAUUUUAUGUACCGAACACUGCACUAAACUAUCACUUCACUGAUCGUAGGUACUUCUAGGUCACCAUAAAUGUCUUUGUUUGACACGAACCAUGGGGCGUCUGUUAUAGAGCGUAACACUUUAGAUUGUAAUCUUUCCAUUAUGGAUAUGUUGGAUUUUGCUGCUGUACCCAUAGCUGGAUCCCAUAGGUCCAGACCGGUUUGAGUAUUGUAUACCAACAGUUUGUUACGUAUAGACAACUUCGAUGUUCUGCCCAGUAUCCAAUAAUGCUUACGAAAUUUUAAGUUUAACUGUUGGCGCUUUUUCCAUAAAUGGGUUCUCCAUUUCAAAGCUUUGUCCAGGUGCAUUCCAAGGUAUUUUACGCUUUCGGCUUGUGGAAUUGCUUUGUUAUUUAUUUCUAUAUUAGGCGAUAUUUUCCGACAUUUUGUAAAUAUGAUAUGUUGUGAUUUUGAUUCAUUGAUCUUUAUGCGCCAUUUCUUUGACCACUUUUCAAUGUCCCCAAUAUGCCUUUGAAGAGAUUCGGUAGCUGUUGCGGGAUUUUCAUCUGUGACUAACAUAGCUGUGUCGUCUGCAAAUGUUGUAGUCGUUACAUUUUCAUUUGUUGGUAUGUCGUGUGUAAAUAUCAAAUAUAAUAUAGGACCCAGAACACUACCUUGAGGGACUCCAGAUCGUAUGGGGUAGAUUUUUGAUGUAUCUGCUUCAUACUUGACACGGUAGUAUCUUUCUUCUAAAUAUGUUUUCAGUAUAGUAAAUAUUGACUCAGGAACGUUCAUUUUUAUUUUGAAGAGCAGCCCUUCAUGCCAGACUUUAUCAAAAGCCUGACUGACGUCUAGAAAAAGUGCAGAACAGUAUUUUUUUUUCUUCAAAAGUUUUAUUUACUAUAUCAACGACUCUAUGAACUUGUUCUAUUGUUGAAUGCUUCUCUCUGAAUCCAAACUGGUGAUCCGGAAAAAGAUUUAUUAUCAGUUAUUAUCUUCAUUAGCCUCGUCGCUAAUAGCUUCUCAAAUAGUUUAGCUAGUACCGGUAAGAGACUAAUAGAACGAUAGGAGGUAUUUUCGUGGGGUGGUUUACCAGGUUUAUGGAUCAUUAUUAUAUCAGCAAUUUUCCAUUGCGCUGGUACAAUUUUGAGCCUUAGUGCUGAGUUGAAAAGUUGUGUUAUCAUACCUACACCUUUAUCUGGUAACUCUUUUAAGAUAGUUCCUGUUAUAAGGUCGUAGCCUGGAGCUUUUUUGGUUUUUAAUCUAUAUUGAAUAGUAUUUUUUACCUCUCUUUUUGUUACUGGUUUAAUUUGCUCACUUGGCUGUUGGAUUGUUGCUAGACUUUCAUAGAUAGCUUCAUCUUCUUCAGCACUGACAGAGGGUAGAGGUUGAAAAACUUCUUCAAGAUAUUUUCCAAAUGCCUCUGCUUUUUCUUGACCCGUUCUCGACCAUGAGCCAUCUGGAUUUCUUAAUGCUGGUAUGUGUUUACUGGGUUGUUUUAAUUUCCUGGGUAGCUUAUACUACAUACUUCUGGAACGGUCCUAGGACAGUAUUAAAAACCCACGAGGAAAAUAAAUUCAUGUAGCUGCCUAAAUCUCAAAAAUACUAGAUCCUUUGUAAAAGGUAUAUUUAAAAGUCCCUAAAUAAGGGGUUACAUCACAUAACAGAACGUUUUCGGAUUAAAAAAUCCAUCAUCAGCGUUAAAAAACCAAUAGUGUGCAUGCCUGAACCACCAAAAUGUUUUGGGUAUAAACCCUUUAAAUGUUACAAAGUUUUAGAAUUUCUACAUAUUAUUGUUAAAAUUUUGUGAUGUUGCAAAUUGGUUAGUUGCCUUUCAACUCCAAUAUGUGAGGUUUCAUUCCUCUUACAUUGCAACCACGUGGAAAGAGUCCUGUGUUGCCCUGGGUAAUAUCCAGGAAUAGUGAUGUAAAAUUUCCGGAAAGAUUCAAACGCCGGAAACUUUCUGGGAAUAUUGGAAACUUAUCGAAAUAUUGUAUUUUUAUUUAAAUUAUGUAAUGUAAUCUUUAUUCAUUGUUGUAGUAUUCCGACUACAGAAAAAAUCUGUUAAAAAUUAAACGUCCAAACUUCCGUCCUUACUUAAAAUUUAAUUGACUUAAUUUAAAAAAUACUCUAAAUAUUUGUUAUUAGUCAUUAUAAUUAAAACUAAAAAAGUUAUUUUAUUUAAAAAUAUUUUAAAAUAAAAAAGAUAUUUUCUUUUUUCUAAUUUAGAUAAGCAUUGGUUUCCUCAGACUUACUGAUUGGAAGUAAUGGAAUAUUUUCGGUAAAAUAUUUUCUAUAUCCUUAAAUGUCUCGGCAACCUGGGAUAUUUUAAACAUAUUGCCUUCCAGUAGAGUAAUCCAUUUCACAAUUGGUGUUUUCACAACUGCUAUUUUUUGCAACAUUAUCCAAAAUAUUUCAUCCAGACAGUUUCGUUUAAUAUUCCGUGAACAUUUUCAAUUUUCCGUGACCAUAAGCAUUUGUAAAGCACUUUUAGACGCAAUAAGGCUAUUUAUACAGUUAAGGAUUGAACCCUACCUGGUUUUUACAGGAAGUUUUAAUGAUAUAACCUUAUUGUAGUUUUGAAGGUGGAUUUUAUUAAAUCGGGCAAGAGAUAUUUGGGAACUAGUUACAUUUUUAUUAUACAAAUAAUGAAGCUAAUAUUUCAAUUUUCAAUUAAAUUUAAAUUAAAAUCAACAAAUCAUUCAAUCACGAAAAGAAACUAAAAACAAUUGGCAGUGGUGUAGGUUAGCCGGUCGUGUGAAUUAAAUAGCACUAGUUCCACGUAAAUUCACGGCACGUCAUGUCACUGACUCUUAUGUCCAAAAGUUCUCUGAAAUAUUAUGGAAAGUUCUCGGAAAUAUUAUGGAGAGUUCUCGGAAAUAUUCUCAAGAAUUUUCCAUUGAAAGUUUCCGGGAACCUUCGCAGUCAGGAGAAUAUUUCCAUUUUUUAUAGGCGAAUAUUCUCGGAAAUUUUCCGAUGUUGGCGAAUAUUCGCUUGGAAAUAUUCUCGACUCACAUCACUAUCCAGGAAUAUUUGCAACAUCACAAAAUUUUAACAAUAUGUAUUAAAUUCUUUUUAACCUUUUCUCUUUAACUUCAUUUUUAAACUUUAACAUUUAAAGCGUUUAUACCCAAAACAUUUUGGUGGCUCAGGCAUGAACAUUCUUGGUUUUUUAACACUGAUGAUGGAUUUUUUAAUCAGAAAACGUUCUGUUGUGAUCUAACAUAUACCUUUUACAGACGAUUUAGUUUUUUUUUUAUUUUUUUUAUUAAAAACGGAAAUUGAAACAACUAUACAAUAUGUUGAUACAACUAUAUCAUUCUGAUUCAUGUAGUGCAGUUUGAUAUGAAUAAUUUUCUUUGACUGUGUUUAUAAACAUUUUCAUGUUUUGGAUUUGGGUUCUUAUGACUUUCAAAACCCAUAUUUCCAAUCUGUUUUGUCCAUUGUUAACUUUCUUAUUUGAUCUUCUGCUUUUCAUCUCUUUUUCUCUAAUUUUUUAACUUAUUUCUGGGGUUUCAUGAAUAUUUUUUCAUUUAGUUCCUCUCUUUUCCACAUUAUACUAUUUUCUACAUUGUGAGAAGGAAUCCCGGAAUUGACAUUCCAGGAAUGUCAUAAAUAGAAUGUAGUAGAUUGAUCCUACAUAGAAAAAGUCCCUUGACGUGAAAGAAAAAGUAGUCACGUACGAGAAUGUUCUAGAUGUCAUGGAAUAGCCCAGAAAUGUCUGGUAACGUCUAGAACGUCAGAAAAUCUAUAUAAACAUGUGUGAAGAAUGAAAGUGGUAGUAAUAUCAACUAAUCACGAAAACCGUACAAUGUACGGCCUUGUCGUUUAAGUGCAACGCCCUUCGGUAGGGAUCUAUGGAGGAGUAUCACCAAGUCGCAAGCCCUUAUCCCUUGCCGUACCGCUCCUCCAUAGGCCUAUCAGACACCAGUUUAUUCCAGACCAAGUCCUAGAUUCUAUCUUCUUCUUCCUUUGGCAUCAUAACCCUGGAUGGGUCUUUGCCUGGCUGGCUAUUCAGAUCUUUCUUAGACCCUUCUUCUCCAUUGUCUUAUAUUCAUGGUUUUCAGGUCGUCUUCCACGUCAUCCAACCAUCUCGUCCUGGGCCUUCCUUUUUUUUCCCAUCUCGUCCUGGACCUUCCUUUUUUUCCGCCUUCCUACCGGCUUCCACUGUAACAUCUUCUUUGUCGUUUUCGUGUCGCUGAACAUGUCCCAGCCAUGACAGUCUUUGACUUUUCACAAAUCUUGCAAUGUCAUACCCUUCAUUCAGUUCAUUACUUCGUCGUUUCUCCUGAUUCUCCAUGUGCCGUCUUCCUCUUGCACCGGGCCAUAUACUUUUCUCAGUAUCUUUCUCUCGAAUGUCCUGAGUUAGGCUUGCAUCUUUUUUCGUCAUUACCCAGGUUUCACAACCAUAGGUUACUACGGGUCUAAUCAAAGUUCUGUAGAUAGCCAUUUUGGUUCUCUUGUCUAAUAAUUUCGAUGUCAUCAAUCUUUUAUUAGCAUAAAGUCGUAGAUUCUAUAGAAUUUUAUACUACGACGUUGGCCUUUUUAUUUUUCAAUGACCGGGCCGGGGAUCGAACCCCGAUCGUAAAUCCGCUAGGUUUGUCGAUCAAACGCCUCAGCCCAUUGAGCCAUCUGACCGAUAGUCAGUCUUUCUAUAUCUUUCUAUUAAUUUUAUCUUAUGUCUUUUUUGACUUCUUUUGUCCGAAAGGUCUUGUUGAUGUUUCAACUUUUACUACCAUGUUUUAUAAAUUUUUAUAUUUUUUAUUAGUACAUAUAUAUAUUCUACGGCUAACCAAUGAGAGGCUUACAAUGAGUACGCUAAAAACCACCAAAAUAACGCAAAAGAUGGAAAACAUAAUACGUUGUGCAAUAAAAAGAGAUCAAACUUGUAGAGGUGGAAAAUUGUCGUUAGACACCUAUACAUUUACAUUACAUAGUAGUUUCUCACAUUUAGACGUUAUCUUAAGUGCUUGUUGACUUCAGUCAUAAUUAGGUAUAAAUAUGUAUGACGUUUAGUAUGACCAACGGUAUGACGUUUAGUAAAAUAUUUUAGUUGGGAUAUUUUUAUUAUUAGUUUGAUUUAUAAUUAAGAUGACUACUAAUUAAUGUUUUUUUACUAAUUUACUCAAUCAUUUGUUCUCUCUCCAACCAUUUUUAAUUGAAGGCGACUCAUCUACAAAUUGAACUGAGAACAGCAACAAUGUUAAAUUUUAAAACUAAAUUUAUACCGGGGUCAUUUUUAUUGGGUAUGCCUUGCCAAUGUGCAUAAGGGAAAAAGGAAGAUGAUUUCAUAAAAUUUGCCUCGGUAACAAUAUACCUCCGGUCUAUGGGUCAUAUUUACGGGCGGCUAAGUUGAACAAAUUCCUUGAACACUGUGAAUCAUUGGUAACCUUAUCAAUACUUCGCUGGUCUAUAUAUUUACGUCCAAGGCAGGGUGAGAAUCCAAGAAAUAUUUUACUCGUUAACAGGUGUCCUUAUCUGCAUAGACGUAGACGUGGUGUGUUUUUUUUUUCUUGUGACAGGGGAUCAAGCCACAAUUUAAGUUUUAAAUUAAAUUUAUUUGACGUUUCAAUUUCCAACUUGGAAAUCAUUAUCAAAAUACAAAACUUUAAUAAUUUAAUCAAAUUUUGUUUUUGAUGCUUGGUAAAAAAUUUUUCUCUAAUAAUUUAAUUUUAUCUCACUCAUUCAUAUUGACAAUUCAGAUAUAAUAUAUUAUAUGUACAUUUUAAAGUAGAUUUAUUUAUUAAAUCUUAAUCUUCGAUUCAUUGUCUUCACUCUUGUUCGUAUUCUCGCUGUCUUUUCCUUCGUUUACUUGAUUUAAAAAAACUCCACCAUGUUUUUAUUUUUAAUAGGCGUGUAAAUUGGAAAUAUUUUCUGAUCUUUUUAAAACUUUGGAGCAAAAAUUGCAGCGAGUUUGUUCUUAGUUCAUUAAAAUGAAACCAAACAUUGCUUUUUGGUGGUGCCAUUUGCCAUUAUUCUUUCACGUUUUAAUAUCUGCAAAAUAAUAUUCAUGCGGUUCCCAAAGAUCAAGGAUAAUAAAUGAAACUCAAUACUUAUUAUAAACACACAUCAUAAUGACAAUUUGAAGUGAAAACUGACCUUGAAAUACUGUAUAGGUACUCUCUAUUAAUAAAAUUUUACUUUAUUUACUAUUUUACUUCUAAAAUAAGCCACACUUUAAGUUGAAAAUUCAAUUUAUUUAAAGUUUUGACUUCUACUUCGGAAGUCGUUAUCAAAAUACAAAAUAUUAAUAAGUACCUAUCACUUUCAGAAGUGGAAGUCGAAACGUCAAAUGAAUUGUUUUUCCAACUUAAAUUGUGGCUUAUUUUCCAAGGAAAAUAGUGUAUAAUCAUUAAUAUAACUAAUAUUGGAUACAGUAUGGUGCAAAUGUUUGGAAUAAAUUCGUUCUUUAGUAAACCAGCGACAUUCAGAAUAAAUUCUGAGACAGGCCGAUUUUUAUUUUUGAAUUAUGAUUUUUCGUCAUAUAUAUCAUACUAGUGACGUCAUCCAUUUGAGCGUGAUGACGUAAUCGGUGAAUUUUUUAAAUGAGAGUGGGAGUCGUGUACUAGCUCAUUUGAAGGGUUAUUCAAUUAUCUAUUCAGUAAUAUAAACAUUGAUAUAAUUACUCAUACAGUGUGUCUAAGAAAAAUUAUUUUUAAUAAAUUAAUCGACGCAAAAAGAAGAAUGUGUAUAAUUUAUUUAAUUCAAAAAACAUUCUAAUGCUCUCAGAAAAUAGAAAAAAUGUUUAUUUCACAAAUAAACAUUGUUUUUCGCUUAAUUUAAAUCAUGUUUAAACUGUCAAGGGGCAAAUGGGUGGCAGCUCGAACAUUAAAAUUAAGCGAAAAGCAAUGUUUAUUUAUCAAAAACCAUUUUUUUCUGUCUUCUGACAGCAAUAGAAUGUAUUUUAAAUUAAAUAAAUUUCAUGCAUUCUUCUUUUUUGAGUCAAUUUAAUUAAAAAAAAAUUUUCUUGAACACCCUGUAUAAAUAAUUAUGUUAAUGUUUAUAUUGCUGAAUAGAGAAUUGAAUAACCUUUAAAGUAACUAUCACACGACCCCUAUUGUCAUUUAAAAAAAAUGAUCGAUCAUGUCAUCACGCCCAAAUGGAUGACGUCACUAGUACGAUAUAUGUCUCAAAAAUCAUAAUUUAAAAGUAAAAAUCGACCUGUUUUAGGACUUUUUCUUAAAGUCGGUGGCUUACGAAAUAACGAAUUUAUGUAUUCCAAACAUGCAUCAUACUGUACGUAAUUGCAUAAGAUGCCACAAAGAAAUAAAUUCAGAAGAAUAUUUACUUUAUUUUGUUAGAAAAUUUGAAAAUAUCUGUCAAAACACACAUGAUAAUUUAAUAAUUACAUAGAUCUUAGAUUUAACUUUUACGUAAUUACUUACCUGUUUAUAUAAAUAAUAAGUAAUUAAAAUAUUAUUUUGGUACGCCACUGCAAAGUUGACAAGAGAACUAUUGGUGACUCGUUUUAAGUGCGAUGUUGCCAAUGAAACACCUUCAAUUAAAAAUAGUUGAACUUUUUUUAUAACAUGGGAAAUUAAAGAAUGUCUUUCGACGCUAUACGAUUUGUCUCGUACUAUCUCACAACUGAAUAUGUUUUCCAUCUUUUGCGUUAUUUUGCUGGUUUUUAGCGCACUCAUCACUGUAUAAUAUUCCUUUUAUUUUCUGCUAUACUGCUAUACACUAUCUUCUGACACAAACAAACUUUGUUUUGCUAAAAGUUCUGAAAAUAUUCUUUAAUUUUUGUUUUAUAAAUUUCGUGCCAAAAAGGAAUUAUAUUCGAGUAAAGAAUUAGUUGUUGCUAUUUCGUCUCAAAAUCUUUCGUUAUUUAGGAAAAUCGUGUAUAUAGAUGUAAAUAUUACUAAUUAUAACUGAAGCUUUAAGUAUUAUUAUCUAGAUUGUUAUAAUCAUAUUAGUGGUUUAUUUGUUUUACUUACUAUAAUUUGAUAUUUAAUGAAAUAUGUUUUUAAUUUCAUUUGUGUACGAUAUAAAAAUAAAAAGAUUUUGUUGUAAA